AGAAUACAUUACGGGGCAGUUAAAGUCUCCACUAUCAGACAAUAUGAUCACGAAUGAUUUUUCAAUCAGGUGGUGUAUUUUGGACAUCAUGUGGUGAAAUCUUGACCUAAUCUGUCUGUAUUUGAUUGCUUUGAGGCAGGAGGAAUAAAAAAAGAGGAGUCUCAAAAAAUUAAUUUGGUAGACACUAGUGCUCGGUUUUGACCAAUUUGGUUUUAUAUAUGUGUGUGUGUUUUGUUUGUGUAUUGCAAAAGUGACAGAACUGUACCAGGAUAAAGUAAAUCACCAAAUUUGAUAUUAAAACUGGAAUUCCAUUACUUAAGAGUAAUCCAAAUUCAGUGGAGUGGAAAAUAAGGGUCCUAAAAUUGUUUGAUGACUGCUUAUAUCAGCCCUGUUAUUCAAAUAUAUCAACAAAAGUGCUUCAAUAUGAUUGAAAAAAGCUUAAUGUGGGCCGAGAGCUUUUCCCUCAAUGUCUAAUUGCCCUGUUUGAGUAUUAACAACAAAAUUGAUAUAUUCUGUGACUGUUCGACCACACUUGUGUUUGAAAUGUGAUAUUAAAAAAAAAAUUUGACAAAUUUAACAAGGAAUAUUUUGACAACCAAGAUGCCACAGCUUUGACAUGUACAGGUGCCUCCCCGAGGAAGCCAUUCCCGCCAUAGCGUACCCUAACAACGGGCGACCCGUCCCCCCACAGAACCACCCCAGUCUUCCACCGCAGCAGCUGGACCAGUGCUACAAGUUCAACCACCUGGCAAACCCCCAUGCCCCCAACUCCACCCCUCCCCACACCCAGACACAAAGCCCAAUGAACGGACUGUAUAGCUGCACAGGAAUCAACAAUUCCAUCAACGGCAUUCAACAAGGUUAUGAUAACCGGCUUAUGAACCCCCAACAGAAUCAGGAAAAACAAAACAGGGGUCUGGCUUUGACUUACAGAGAUGUUUUUGGCUGUUCCAGCACCCUCCCUGAUAGCCCUCCAGAAUCUGAGCCAUAUUCUCCUCCAGAUGGUCACCAUAGCAACCACACAAUGAAUGGUAGCAACCAUAUAAUCUGCACCACACAAGAGAGCAAGUACGGGCUGAGCACUCCUGUGACAUCGAUGCAUCAACACGGCAUGUAUCCGCACCAUCCCCGACCCCCGGGGAUGCCACCCACAGGACCCAAGUCCAUGCCGCCAGGGUAUAAUGAGCCACCCACCCUGAACCAUCUCUCAGCCACCCACCCCCCUCCCCCACAACCCUCCUCAACGCUACCUCUCCCCACAUCGCAGAUGAACCCGCAGCUUCCUCUCUCGCCAAACCAUCUCAGCCCCAACCCUUGCAACAUGAGUCACAAGAAGAGGAAGUACCAAGACCAGCCUUCCCACAGUGCACUUGUGACCAACGCGCUUCUCAAUGGACGAGCCAGCGUGCUCAACAUCAAACAAGAACCGAACGGGCCCAACUACGGCAACUAUAAUUUGGCAGUGGACUGCGAUGACGAAUUCGGCUAUGAUCAGGAGAGCACGAACGGAACCACCGGUUACCUUGACAGCACGUACCAGGUCAUCAAGUGGUCCUCCUACAACCAGCGAGACUGGGCCACGCUCAAAAAUGAAAAUCUCAAAGAUUUACCCCAGCCAAAUUUUCGCGUGGAUGCAGACAAAGGGUUUAACUUUUCACAGCCCGAUGAUUCGUUUGUGUGUCAGAAGAAGAACCACUUUCAGGUGACGGUGCACAUGCAGGUGUCUGGGGACGCGCGCUAUGUCACCACUCCAGAGGGCGUCAAGAAAAUUGACGCGUUCUUCCUACAUUUCAAUGGAAUCAAGGUGGAGUCACCCACCCAGACAAUAAAGAUUGAACAGUCUCAGUCUGACCGCAGCAAGAAACCCUUCCACCCUGUCAGGUUUACGUUUUCUACCAGGGUGGAUUUGAUACCUGAACAGACCAACAAAGUGACUGUGGGCCGGCUCCACUUCAGCGAAACCACCUCCAACAACAUGCGUAAAAAGGGCCGCCCCAACCCCGACCAGCGCUACUUCAUGCUGGUGGUCUCCCUUUAUGCGUACAGCGGAGAAUACAAGUACAUAGUGGCAGCCAGUGUGUCCGAAAAAAUCAUCGUCAGGGCUUCGAACCCUGGUCAGUUUGAUAAUGAUGUGGACGUAACAUGGCAGAAGGGACAGACCCCAGACAGCGUGUACCACGUGGGGCGUGUUGGGGUCAACACAGAGCACCCCGAGGAGGCAUUAACGGUCCAUGGCAACAUGAGACUGACCGGGCACCUGCUGCAACCCUCAGACCUCAGGGCCAAAGAAAAUCUCAAAGAGCUGGAUUCUAAAGAACAGCUAAAAAAAGUUGCCCAGAUGAAGCUGUACAAUUACAAGUUCAGCGACGACUUUGCCAAUGCCAUGGGGAUCCCCGAGGACAGUCGGGAGGAUACCGGCGUCAUCGCUCAGGAAAUCCGGGAGGUACUUCCCGAGGCCGUCAAAGAGGCGGGGGAUGUCCCACUGGGCAACGGAGAGGUCAUCAAGGAUUUCCUUGUGGUCAAUAAGGACAAAAUUUACAUGGAGAAUGUUGGUGCUGUCAAAGAACUGUGCAAAGUGACAGGAAAUCUAGAAAUGAGAAUUGAUGAACUCGAAAAAAUGAACAGCAAAAUAUCAAAGUUAAAGAGACUUGACAGUAUCAAGUCAACAGUCAGCACCAAAUCAAACUGUAGUGUUAGCACAAUAGGCUCAUCAUCACCUAAGAAAUCAUCUCGACUCUGUAAUGGUCAAACUCAUCAGCACCCACUCUCUAAAAGCAGCCAGAAAUAUGCCACAUGUGCACAACCGCCCAAGAAGGGUUACUGUAGCAACCGUUACGUCUGCUGGGGCACCAUCAUCAGCAUCAUCAUCACAUUCUGCUUGGCAUCUCUAAUGAUUCUGCUGAUAUUGGAGCAGAACAAAGAACCAAAGCACCCCUUGAGUCAGAAUCUGGCAGGAAAUAAGAAUCCUUCCGUCACAGACUUCAGUGACAGGAGCACAGACAGCCCCUGGGGUACUACCUCCUCCUCUAAAACACAGGCUCCAAAUGCAGCUUGGUCCACAAUUCCACCGUACCCCUAUUGUGACCCCACGACCUCGCUGUGUGAGCGGCACUGUUGCCCCCCACCAUUGCCCUUCGAUGAGGAAGUGGUGACCAGUACGAUGGUUAUCAGUGGUCUGGAGGUACAGACUCUUACACCCCCAGCUCCCUCCAAUAAUCUCCCCAGACCGACAACAGAGAGCAACCUGGAGACGAUAAUCAGUACCUUGAAAUCUAAGAAUGAGGGACCCCAAGUUAACGUGCUUGGCAAUGAGUCAAAUGAACUCCCAGACUUCAAACAGCCGCAGUACCCUGGGGACAUAGACUCCAACACCAUCAAGAAAAUCCACUACGCCAGACGCAGACGAAGUGUACCGCAGGAGGACCUACACACCAAUAUCUUCAUCAAGGAGAUCAACGUGACGAUCGGGGCGGAGCACUGCACCAGCUGUAACCAGACAAGCAAGGUGUUCCGGCUCAAACUCAGCCAGUACUUCUCAUACGACCUGAUCACGUUCCAGUUUCUAACUUCGGAGCAGGCUUCUGCCACCCUGUGUUAUAACCACACAUCAAGGAACUGUAACCCCAGUGUUGACGGAGAACUGAUUGCACGCAUACCAAACCAGUGGCAGAUACCCAUUGGAAAAUAUUUCAGCAGUGUGUUUAAAUUUCGUGUGUCUCAUAAGGAUGCUAAACAGAACGUGUGCAAGAAACCAGCCAGUGAAAAUGUGGAAUCCUUGGAAUUUGUGGAAUACACCUUGAUUUUCGAUAGAACAUGUGAAAUGGAUUAAAGAAAACAAAAAUGAAAAAAAAAUCACAUCUGUUUCAUCUUAGAAUCUGCUAAAGACAUUUGAUAAAAGCAGAACACCCAUGGCCUUGACCUAAUUAUUAUGGCCUUGAUCCCAUAGCUUCAUUGUCGAACCAUUGAUCUCUCUCGUCUGGUGAAUGAUCAAAGAUGCUUCACUGUUUCAUGUGUGCUUUACAAAUUUACAAACGUUUCUAUGACUGACAUUUCCUUGAUUUGUCUUGUUGACUUGAUUACAAAAAUUUCUUAUAAUAUAUCUGAUCUUUAUAUGUUUAUUAUACAUGUUAUUUAUUGUAUAUAUUGACCCAUUUUGACUGCUUUCUUCCCUCUUGAUAAACAUUCCUUUUGGCUGUAUUCAUUCAUUAUUUUGUGUACGGUAUCAUUUUGUCAUGAGAGUGUAUACACCUAGUAUAAAUGGCAACUUUUCAGAGGGAUACCUCGCUACUCUGUUCCCUUCCAAGGAAUACGCAAACAAAUAUAUUUUAUACGCAUAAAUUUUCUGGCUUUUUAACAUAUCUGAGCUUUUUUGGUAUAUUCAUUCAAUAAUUUUGCUCUCUUUUUUAUAAAAAAUCAAAAGCAUUGAUUCAAAAUUAUUUUGUUAAGAGAAUUUUUAUAAUUUUUUUUUUUUUUACUAUAUAUGGCUAAGAAUGGAAUGAGAUAUAAUGAUAAGAAUAUGAUUCUUGUCUCUAUGUGUUUAUACCUAUAUGUAGUGCUUCAUAUAUUUUUUAUCAGUAUUCCUAUUCAGUCUAUUUACAAACUUUCAGCAAUAUACAAGAAGUCUGCAUCGUAGACUGCAAUUACUUGAGAUUUUGCUUUUAAAUUUAUGAGAUUCUAACAAUUUUUUGUUUUGUUUGUAAAUCAAAACUUCUUAUAAGUUUGUUUCAAUUGUAGUUGAACUGACAUAUUUGUCUGUCCAUUCUUAUAAAAUAUGGACAAAUAUUAUUGAUGUUUAUAACAUUGGAAAUGUUCUUUCUGCUCAAUAAUAACCCAAUGCAUUGGAGAGGAAUUUGAUGAUAUUAAAGUACAGAUUGCAAGAUACUCCAAAUCUCUCAAUAAAAAAAACACAAGCUUCAGCAUAAUUAAAAGAACAGAUACUCGUCUAGAUUGGUUUUUUUUUUUGCCAAAGAGAUUUUUUAUGUCAAAGAGAUCAUUAUGUGUAUUCCUCUGAUUUCUUAAUAUAUGCUUACAAAUUUGUUACCUCCCUUAGUUUAGGGCUUGGGUGAAAGGGAGGUAACUCGUAUAGUGAGAGCUUUGUAUCAAAUUAUUAUUGAGAAAAGUGCCUCUAAAAUGGUUAAAACCUAGUAAUAUUUUCUGUAGAAAUAUAUUCACCCUUAUUUGUUAUUUUAGUUAUCGGUGGACCAAAACUUGCUGAAAUUGAUAUGACUUUUUCUUAGAACAUUCCAAUUAUUUUAGUGCCUUCCUAUUGUUGUACAUUCUUUUUAUUAAUUUUAUAUUAUAUUAUAUAUAUAUCAUAGAUUUAUCAUAAGAAAAAAAAAUCUUUUGCAGUGCAAAUGUUUAUAUGGUAUUAAAAUGUUAUGAUUUUGCAUUUUAUCAUUUGUAUAUAUGUCUUUCAGUCAUCAUUAUCAUCGCCUAUAUUGUAUGACUCUGAAGGAGAAUAUUUUUUUUUUUGUUAAACAAUCGCCAUUUUUCUCUCUCUGUCCAUUUAAUGCCUAUGAAAUGGUUUAACUGGAGGAAAGAAAAUGUAUAUUUUGAUUCAUCAGUACUUGAACAUUACCAAGUUUGUGGGCAGGAAUAUUUCAGAUCCAUUUUAUUUUUGUAUAAACUCUUGCAUGUACAAUUUUUUCAUUGAUUAGUCAGUUUGCAAUUGGUGGAAGAAAUUAAGAGUAUACAUGUAUCUGUAUUUAUCAAAAAUGUUGAUAUAUUUUUUCAGUGAUACUAAAACAUUAACAAGAUUGGUAUGUAUUUAAAAGCCAAACUGUUGGAUUUAAUUAUUUUAAAUAGUAAUCAAUGUUUUAGAUGAUCUGGAUAAUUUUACUUGAGCAAGAUGAAGUGUUACUUUAUCUCUUUUUUUUAUCAUAUUAAAUGGAUAAUUCAUUUUGUUGUACAUGAAUAUGUAGGUGAAUUAUGUUCAAGUUUCAUAUUUAAUGUAAAUCAGCCUAUGAGAAAACAAUAAAAUUCCUAAAAAUAAA